CAAUGACGACGGGCGCGGCGAAGGUGCUGAAGGAGGGGGUGCUGGAGAAGCGCAGCGGGGGGCUGCUGCAGCUUUGGAAGCGGAAGCGCUGCGUGCUGACCGAGCGCGGGCUGCAGCUCUUCGAGGUCAAAGGCACUGGCGGGCGGCCCAAGGAGCUCAGCUUCGACCGCAUCAAGGCGGUGGAGUGCGUGGAGAGCACCGAGAGGCAUAUCUACUUCACCCUGGUGACCGAGGACGGCGGCGAGAUCGACUUCCGUUGCCCCCUCGAGGACCCUGGCUGGAACGCACAGAUCACUCUGGGGCUGGUCAAGUUCAAGAACCAGCAGGCCAUCCAGACCGUUCGAGCCCGGCAGAGUCUUGGCCCGGGGACCCUGGUGUCCUAGACCCAGCUCCCCUCAUCAUGCUCCACCUCGAUCUGCUGUCCUUUCCAUCCAGGGAACCAUACCAGCUUCCCAGCUCUUUCUGAAACCAGGGAGCCUGAAAUGUCCCUGCUGGUCAGGAUGAAGGAAGUGGACUCAUGAAUGGGCAGGAGCAGAAGGAGCUAGUGUCCAUGGGGCUUUGUUUCUCCUGGGGAGGAGAGUGGCAUGUCAGGAAGGACUGAGAAGGAAGAUACUGCCCCUCCAAGCCCCAGAAAUGUCACUGCCUUCAGUAUAGACCCAGACUGCUCCGAAUGACCUGUCUUCAGUUUGCUCCCUCUCCUGGGCAGCAGGAGGCCAGAAGAGGUCCUGAGGGCUUCUUGCUACUCUCAGAAAAACCUCUAUUCCUCAUGUGCAAUCCCGUUUUCUCAACCCAAGAGACUGUCAUCAGUCACAGUCUGGGCCUCUGUGCUCACCCAGUGAAGAAGAGGAUGUUCCUCCCAUCGUGGGCUGGGUCUUUCCAAGACCAUGUGCAAGAGAGGCAGGUGGGGCUAGCCUUGGCCUACUGUGCCUUCAAGCAGAGCCAUGAUGACUCUCUCUGAUCUCCUGCAUUUGGGGAGCAACCCCAAGGGAAUGCAACAGAUGGGGCUUAGUUCCCAAUCUUUGGGACUUGCUGCUUAGGUCCUCUUGGGGGACCUUCUGUCUAGGCCCCUUCUCUGUACUCCCCUGACCUCAUACCUGUUCCCUCCCCAGCUGUGGUAUUAGGGUUCAGGGGCCUUGUCAUUACCAUUUCAUGCCAGUCACAGAAUGAAGAUGUCCCUUACAAAGGGUAGUGACAACA